AUUUACACUAAAUAACAGCAAUUGCAGACAAUCCAGCUAAAAGUCUCAAUAAUAGAAACUGUCUCCCCCAUCCUCUCAAUAACAGCUACUGUCUCCCACCGUGUGAUAAUAACUCAGCCGGCAGUUAAACAUCUGGGAAGCCCUGUCUCCCUGUCUUUUUUCCUCCCGUGCCCCAACGGCUAUAGUAGCAGCAGCAGCCUCAGCAGCCAAGCAGGGCUGUAGCUUCCAGCCAGGCAGACCGCUGCCUCACCACCACACACACAUUGCACACACUUCCCGAAUCAACGCGUUCUCACACAAAUCCAGGAUCACGACAUCGAGGGAAGAGCGAUAGGAGGCAUGGACAACAGGUAUUUUCUCCCUAACAAAUUCAGUUUCAUUCCUGAUGCUUAUUGAUUUGCAUAAGGAAACAAGCCUUUGCGAUACCUAGCCUGUGCAGAAGACCAGAGGACUGGAGGUGGCCUUCAGCAGAGGAGGGUGAAGAGGGAGAUGUGGGGAAGAGGAGAUGCCAAAAUUGACUUUCAGGCUCCGGAAGCCUACAGCUCUCAGCCUCCGCUGUUUUUGAGUUGCAAAUGAUCUGGGAGUGGUGGGCUGCAGGCAGCCCGUGCCAUUGCCUGGAAGAAGACUUCCAUCUUUCAGUCACUAGUUCCAACCGGGCCGUGUGUUCUGGAAGGGGGUGGCAUCAGGGAGGAGGAUGCUCUGAGCGGAGUUCUCGACGCUCUGCUCUUGGGGGAAGCCUGCCUGUGUGGGAGCCUUCUGACUGAGCGAGCGCAGAGCAUGUGAAUUGGAAAGGAUCCUGAGAGCUGGCUGGUACCAGUUCCUCUCCGGAAAAGCUGUCGCUCUCGCUUCAGGGAUGUGCCUAGCCUUCGCCUGCAUCACGCUGCAUGUUUUCACAAAAUACUGAACCUACAAAUAUCUACAGCAGUUUCAUGUGGACGGAUUGCAUAUUCUGAAAGCCUGAGCUGUGUCAUCAUGAAACACAUCCUGUAAAGUCUCUGAAGCAUAAAGCUCUGCCCAACACCUGCAUAAAGAAUCCCUCAUCUGGUGUGUAAGGUUCUCCUCACCUACACCAUGACAAACCAGGAGAAAUGGGCCCAUCUCAGCCCCUCAGAAUUUUCCCAGCUUCAGAAAUAUGCUGAGUAUUCUACGAAGAAAUUAAAGGAUGUUCUUGAAGAAUUCCAUGGUAAUGGCGUGCUUGCAAAGUAUAAUCCUGAAGGGAAACAAGAUAUUCUUAACCAAACCAUAGAUUUUGAAGGCUUCAAGCUGUUCAUGAAGACCUUUCUGGAAGCUGAGCUCCCUGAUGAUUUCACUGCACACCUUUUCAUGUCAUUCAGCAACAAAUUCCCCCAUUCCAGCCCUAACACAAAGAGCAAGCCUGCUCUCCUCUCAGGUGGUCUGAGGAUGAAUAAGGGUGCCAUCACCCCUCCACGUUCUUCUCCAGCAAAUACGUGCUCCCCAGAAGUGAUCCACCUCAAGGAUAUUGUGUGUUACCUCUCUCUCCUUGAAAGAGGAAGACCUGAGGACAAACUUGAGUUUAUGUUUCGCCUUUAUGACACCGAUGGAAAUGGUUUCCUCGACAGUUCGGAACUAGAAAAUAUCAUCGGUCAGAUGAUGCAUGUUGCAGAGUACCUUGAAUGGGAUGUCACUGAACUUAAUCCAAUCCUCCAUGAGAUGAUGGAGGAGAUCGACUAUGACCGGGAUGGCACCGUGUCCCUGGAGGAGUGGAUUCAAGGAGGAAUGACAACCAUCCCACUUCUUGUCCUUCUGGGCUUGGAAAAUAACGUGAAGGAUGACGGACAGCAUGUGUGGCGACUCAAGCACUUUAACAAGCCUGCCUACUGCAAUCUCUGCCUGAACAUGCUGAUUGGCGUGGGGAAGCAGGGCCUCUGCUGCUCCUUCUGCAAGUACACGGUCCAUGAGCGCUGUGUGGCCAGAGCCCCUCCCUCCUGCAUCAAGACUUAUGUGAAGUCGAAGAAGAACACAGAUGUCAUGCACCAUUAUUGGGUGGAAGGCAACUGCCCAACGAAGUGUGAUAAGUGCCACAAAACUGUGAAAUGUUACCAGGGCCUGACUGGACUGCACUGUGUUUGGUGUCAGAUCACACUGCACAAUAAAUGUGCUUCUCAUCUGAAGCCUGAAUGUGACUGUGGACCUUUGAAGGACCAUAUUUUACCACCCACCACAAUCUGUCCAGUGGUAUUGACUAUGCCUGCUGCAGGAGUCUCAGUUCAAGAGGAAAGGCAGUCAACAACUAAAAAGGAAAAGAGUAGCUCCCAGCAGCCAAAUAAAGUGACGGAUAGGAACAAAAUGCAAAGAGCUAACUCUGUUACUAUGGAUGGACAAGGUUUACAGAUCACUCCUGUUCCUGGCACACAUCCACUUCUAGUUUUUGUCAACCCCAAAAGUGGUGGGAAGCAAGGAGAACGAAUUUACAGAAAGUUCCAGUAUCUACUAAACCCUCGUCAGGUUUACAGUCUGUCUGGAAAUGGACCAAUGCCAGGGUUACACUUUUUCCGCGAUGUCCCUGACUUCAGAGUGUUAGCAUGCGGUGGAGACGGGACUGUAGGAUGGAUUUUGGAUUGCAUAGAAAAGGCCAAUGUAGUCAAGCACCCUCCAGUCGCUAUUCUGCCUCUUGGUACUGGCAAUGACCUAGCUAGAUGCCUGCGGUGGGGUGGAGGCUAUGAAGGUGAAAAUCUAAUGAAGAUCCUAAAAGACAUUGAAAGCAGCACAGAAAUCAUGCUGGACAGGUGGAAGUUUGAAGUCACACCCAAUGACAAAGACGAGAAAGGAGACCCUGUGCCUUACAGCAUCAUCAACAAUUACUUUUCCAUUGGCGUGGAUGCUUCCAUUGCACACAGAUUCCAUAUCAUGAGGGAAAAGCACCCAGAGAAAUUCAACAGCCGAAUGAAGAACAAAUUUUGGUAUUUUGAGUUUGGCACAUCUGAAACCUUCUCAGCCACCUGCAAGAAGCUACAUGAAUCCGUAGAAAUAGAAUGUGAUGGAGUACAGAUAGAUUUAAUAAACAUAUCUCUGGAAGGAAUUGCAAUUUUGAAUAUACCGAGCAUGCAUGGAGGAUCUAAUCUUUGGGGAGAGUCUAAAAAAAAAAGAAGCCAUCGACGGAUAGAGAAAAAAGGCUCUGACAAAAGACCCACACUCACGGAUGCAAAAGAGCUGAAGUUUGCAAGUCAAGAUCUGAGUGACCAGCUCCUAGAGGUUGUUGGCUUGGAAGGAGCGAUGGAAAUGGGCCAAAUAUACACAGGGCUGAAAAGUGCUGGCCGGCGGCUGGCUCAGUGCUCCUCCGUGGUUAUCAGGACAAGCAAGUCGCUGCCAAUGCAGAUCGAUGGAGAGCCAUGGAUGCAGACCCCAUGCACAAUAAAAAUUACACACAAGAACCAAGCCCCAAUGCUAAUGGGCCCUCCUCCCAAAACUGGAUUAUUCUGCUCGCUCAUUAAAAGAACAAGAAACCGAAGCAAGGAGUGAGCAUCCAUCAAGAGAAAUGUAAACAGCAUACUUGGGCCAUGGAACACUUUGAACCAUUUCAAGUCUCCUGCUCCUACAAAAUCAUGAGAUUAACAGUUUUUGUUAUUGAGCUGGUAUAAAAUUUGACCAUUAAAAAAUUUGUUGUCUCUGUUUUUAUUGGCAUAUUUGCAUGAAGAAAGUAGUUUAUAUGAUGUGAUCCUGCAUAUUUUAGUUGCAUGUAUCACCAUAGGUUUUUCUGUCUCCCACUCCCAUCUUACCCUAUUUCCAUUUACUGACUGUGAAGAAAACCCCAUGAAAGAUCAAACAAAUAUGAUGGGAAAUGAUUCCUGAUUUAAUUGCUGCCACUGACAAGCACCAAUAAAAAAGGCUGGAGCAAUCGCAAAUGCAAACUGCCACCCUCUGCUCAUAAGCAUCAGUGUGUCCAUGAUGUCAGGCCUGUGGCUUGAGAAAAAGCUUAAUCCAAAUAUUUUGUUAAACAGCCAGCUAGGACACCAUGCUCCACCUAAAUAAUUUUUUCAACAUCUUUACUCUUCUGAAUAGACAUUAAAAUAUCAAGCAUAAGUUUUUCUUGUGCUAAAAAAAAUUGAAAAUUAUUUUAUUUGAUUUAUUUUUGUUUUUAAUUCUCAAAACAUGAGUGAAAAUAUGCUAGCCAGCAGU